CUGAGGUGGACUUGGUUUCACCCGAACCGGAUCAAGGAUAUUGGUCUUCCUCUGAUGAGGUAGAUGCUGCACGCCUUUUACCAUAUGCCAUCAGUCACCUGCACUCCAGCUCCGCGGAAGACAAGGAACCGGAUCAGUCGUCCAGUACGGAUGUGGAGGGUGAGGUAUAUGAUGAUAUGGACGAGGAAAAUGAGCUCGAGGAUAGAGCAAGUGGCUCCGUCCAGGUGCAAUUGGUUAGCGGCAAACACCCGCGGUCGCGCUCAAAUCAACGCGUCAGCUCUAAGACGUUGCGAACUGACAGGAGCGGGAUGGUCAGUUCUUCGC